AUGUCGAAUGUUUCUCCAUCUAUCAAAGCGUCAACAUUAAAAUUCGAACCAAUAAUACUGGAAAAUAAUAAUGCCAAACAAUCAAUCUCACGAAUACAAAAUAAACAGCCAGAGCCAUUAUUAAUUGAUAUAGUCUCCGAUUCUCAAGAACAAGAGAUAAAACAAUCCAUUACAAAUAUAACUGAAGAAAAUGCUUCGACUUCAAAAAAUUUAAAUAAGUCUACAGUCCCAAGUUUUUACGAUGAAGGUUAUUCAAAUGUCGUUGCUGUAUUUGUGGUUCGGUUUGAUACAAGAAAAGGAAAUAUCAUUGAAUGGCAAUAUCCUCAAGAUGUUGAUUUGAAUGGCAUAGAAUUUCAAGCAAUACCUAGCGGAUUACAUGCUGUUUCACAAGAUAUAAUGCCACCGUUAUAUGGAUUAAGCGUAUUUAAAAAUGAACCAACAUCUGAUCAAUCUCAUGACCGUGGUGCUCGCAUGGCUGCUGUGGGAAUAUUAGUAACUCCAACACAUGAAACUGGCCUUUGUGGUCGACCAUGGUCACAAUUAGAGUUUUUACAAAAUGAGAUCGGACGGCAUGUUCAUCAAACAGAUGAUUAUUCAAACCUUAUACAGUUUUUUGAAAAACGUGGCAUGCAAUUGAAUUAUUCAAAUGAUGACCCAUUAUCUAUAGAUUCUGAGAAUAGUUUGCAACAUUCAAGAAGACGUACCUUAACAACAUCAAGUGGUCGAACAUCAUUUAUAAGGAAUAGAUGCUUUUCUGCUUCACAAAUGAGUACAACAAGUUAUCAAGCGUCGUUAUCACCGUUACACCCCGCAAAUCAUUUCCAGGACUUUGUUCGUGCUCUAGGACCUAAUAUCUUUUUAUUAUGGAAAGCUGCUUUACUUAAAAAACGGAUCCUGUUCUAUUCGACCCCCCCAAUAGGGAACGCUUGUUAUUCCGUCUAUGGAACAUGUUUACUUGCAAAUAUUCCCUCUGCAAUUACAUGGACAUUUAAGAAUAAAGUUGAAAAAAUCAAGCCAUUGUUUUGUGUAGGUGUAAGUGAUAUUCCGAUGAUUGAGGUUAUUGAAAGUGGUUAUGUCGCAUGCACAACUGAUCAAAUACUUCAAGAUAAAAGCAAUCUUUAUGAUUUAUUAAUUAAUUUUCCAAGUUGUAGUAAUUCAAAAUCUCACCCAAACUUAAUUGCAUCACCUGAAUCUUUUUUAUCAACUAAAAUAAAUUCUGCUGAUAUUAGGCGUUACAGAGUAUUGUUAAAGAUGUUAGCAUCAUACGGUGAAAAUAAUCUUGAAGUUGAGGAGGAUGGCGGAGCAAUGACAGAUACUUGGUGUAAAAUAAUGUUUGGUGGUUGGUUUUGGUGGUAUGGCAGGGAAGGUUAUAAAAGAAUCAAUGAAGAUUAUUUCAUAGACGAAGGAGGAAUCCUGUUAAACAGUCAGGAAGAUUUAUCUAACACAGCAACGACGAACAGUUCACCUAAUCUUGAUGUGUUAAAGGACAUACCAAACAUUGAAGUUGAAUUAAUAAGAUUUUUUCAAGCAUUAACCACAAAUAUUUUUAAUACUUUGCGUACGUUGAUCACAUCAUUUGAACAAAACGUAAAUGAGGAAACAAUCUAUUUGUAUCCAAACCACAUUAUUCAACUUGGAUUAGAUCCACAUGACGACGGAGUUUUUGUUGAAGGAUUGGCAAAGAUGUAUUUUGGCAAAAAGGUUGAAGUGAUUGGAAAGGAUGGAAACUGUUUGAGCCAUUCAUGUAAUAAUCUAUGUUCGGCUUUGGAGGAUGUAUAUUGUUGUUUUCGCUUUUAA